AUGUCUGCGGAAGCUGCGAACGCGUUCAUCCGAGAGGUCUGGGGCCUGCAAGGUGCCGCGUACCUUGUUGUUGGGCUUCGGUACUACAGCCGGCUCUCGACUCUGGGAUGGAGGAAGUUUGCGUGGGACGACUUCCUGAUGGGAGUGGCAGUUUUGGUGUAUACCGCCGAGUCCGUUGCGGCAUAUUUUGUUGUUGCAUAUUGGAAAGGAGUCGCCAACAAUGGCAUGACAGAUGAAGAACGAGCCGCGCUAAGUUCAACGUCGGAAGAGUACAUGUUGCGAGUAAAUGGCUCAAAGACACAUGUCAUUGGACUGUUACUUUACACAACUCUGUUGUGGCUGUUGAAAGGAUGCUGGGUUAUCUACUACUCCCGUCUGACCGACGGCGUGCAUAAGAUGAGGCGCAUCAUCUUCUGGGCCUAUAUCAUCAUGCCCGUUACCUUUGUCUCCUGUCUACUUGUCGCUUUCUUCAAGUGUAUUCCCUUUGAUCAUCAAUGGCAGAUCAAUCCCAACCCUGGCAACCAGUGCAUGCCAGCUAUCUCCUUUAUCCAAACAAUCUUCGUCAUGGCCAUGAACACGGCUACCGACUUUUACCUCAUGGCGAUUCCGCUUCCCAUGGUGUGGAAGUCCCACCUGCCGUGGAGAAAGAAGGUCACCUUGUUGAUCAUGUUCAGCGGUGGUUUCCUCGAAAUGGCCUUCGGCAUUCUGCGUUGCGUCUCCAUCCUCACCGCCGGUGAAACAGACAGCGCGCAGUCGGGCUACUGGUCCGUCAGAGAGUCUUUCGUGUCCGUCGUGUUGACCAACAUGCCGAUGGUGUACCCCCUCUUCAAGACCGUCAUCGACAAGAGCCGCAACGCAAGCACCAACAAGAGUGGUGCUAUGGGCGACAGCCAGGGCUACAGACUGGGCAGCUACCCUGGGAAGAAAGGGCCGUCCAGCCAUCCUCUUUCCAUCCCGGACGAGACGAAGUGGGGGUCGAAGGAGCAUAUUGUCGCCAACUCGGCUGAGAAGGGCGCUAGUUCGGGGGGCGAGGAAGCCUCGAUCGACUCGGGCAAGCAGCCAUCCAGCCCCUAUCUGCCUCACACCGACGCCGAGGUGGCGGCGGAUAGCGGGAACAACGCGAUGAGGUCGAGGAAGCACGAGCAGAACAAGAUCGUGGUGACUACGGAGUACAAAAUCUCAAGGGCGACCCCUGAGCCGCACAUGUAUCACAUGCCUCACAGGUCUUCACGGCAGGAUUUCCACUAG